CUGUUCUGCCCAUGACAACAAAUUAGCGUCAAAGAUGGCGAACUUUUCUCCGGUUUGGUUAAACGAACACAAAGCCUUGGUUGACUACACUGACGUCGCAAUUGCACCUUCAAAAGACUUCUAUCAUGUCUUUGUAACUCCAAAAGAGUUCAUUUUCCGAGUUUGGAAAAUAGUGCCUCCCACUAGAGCAGACUCCCAUAUUCCUCCAUACGAAUUUAAGAACACAUAUGAAGAAUUCAAACAUGACGAUCGAUGUCAUAGUGAGAUCGUCAGAUUAGCUGGUGAACCAACAUUAGACUAUUUACUUGGUGUAAGGGAUGGGAAACUAGACUAUAUUUGCCGUAUUCCAAGGGAAGCACAAAUCCGGAUUAUACUUAACUUGGAUCUGGAAGACAUCCAGAGAUUGGGAAGAACUUGUAAAAUGUUCAGAGAGAUCUGUAAUUCUUGUGACCUUUGGGAGCGAAUUUAUCGUCGUUACAGUGAGACUCCAAUUACACCAGAACUUGAGAUGUUGGCUGCAGAGAGAGGAUGGAGACGUUUAUUCUUCACCAACAAACUGCAGCUUCAGAUGCAGCUAAGGAGACUUAAGAAACAUGAAGGUGGACACGCCUUUGUUACCGAGAUGGAAACGGCCUAAUUAGCAGUCCACGGAAAUCUGCUCACCGUCCAGCAUCUAUUGUGAUAACUUCUAUACAAUCAAACCAGUUCAAACUUCUGGUUGACUUAUAUGUGUAAUUUAUUGUGGGGUAAUUUACAUGUUUUAUUUCAAAAAUGCAAAUCCAUUUCAGAUUUCCUGAAAGCUGAUAUUGACUUUAUAGUGUUUUUUUUUUUAAAUUUAAAUAUUUUCAUUUUUUUUUCAGUCAAAGCUUGCCAUAACUUUAAAUAAAAUUUAAUUGUUUACUCUUAAUGUGAGAGUACUCAUUCCAGUACAAGUUUUUUCAAUUUUGUUCUUUGGAUAUACACUUCUUAAAAAAUAUUGGGUUGUGAGCAAAAAUUAUGUGCAUUUAUUCUUAGUACAUCACAUGAUCUGUUUGUUUAUUGUGCCCUGCACUCGAAUUGUAUGAGUAAUGUGUGUUGUUUUCAUAUAAUACUGGCCAACAUUAUACUGCUUAAAAUCAGUGUCUUAGAUGCCUUAGAUUUAUAUUUAGACAGCAUAUUUCCUUUCUGUAUAUUUUUUAUUUAUUUAUUUUUUUUUAAAGAAAAAUCAGUUAUGCUUUGCAUAAUUAUUACUUACAAUUUAAUUUGCCUUAAUGUAAAAUUCAAAUUGUUGAAUACCCUCAAUGGAAUUCUACCUAGAUUAAUGUCAACAUUGAAUUUUUAAAAUAGUUUUGUGAUUUUUUUUAUUGUUGUUUGUGCCUACAAAAUUUAGAUCAGAUUUUUAUUAAAUUUACUCUCUGUAUGCUCAAUGACCUAGUGCCAUAAGUUUUAGUUUGGAGGAUUGACUAUGAGAAUAUUAAAUUAUACUUUUUUCUUAAACUGACUGUUUGUUUAAAAUUAUUCAGCAUAUAUAGUUCUUCCAGGGAUUUCAACUUGUUUAAACAGGCACUGCAGUAUGAUUUGAAUUUUAUUAUAUUAUUGUGUUAAAACCCUUUCUGAGUAGCUUUGGAGCCUGACUUAAAAUUUUAUACUUAUUAUAAAUUAAAAUAGUCAGAAUAAAAUAUCAGGUACUUUUUUUUAAAUCUCAUAUUAAUGUGGAGUUGUUUGAAACCAUUCAAACCAAUAAUUAAAUUAAUUACUUAUGCCAAACCUAGCAUUUUCAUUUAAAAUGUUUUGAAAUCAAGAUAAUUGGACAACUUAAUCAAUAAAUAAGAUGUUACCUUGUGUAAGUACCUGAAACUGCACAUUUUUGAUAUGCAGUUUAGAAGGAAUAUUAAAAUGAUACUUAUUCAGAAUUUCUUGUGGAACAGAAAAUGUUUUAAAGUUACAUAAGAAUGUGACGUAUAUUUAUGUGUAGAUAAUAUCAUAUUAUAGUUACCAUUAAUUAUCAAAUAAAGAUUAGAAGUCAA